UGCGUGCAAUAGUUGCUGUUUGACUGCAGCCUACGGGGAGAAGAAGAGCUUGGAACGUGGGAUGCAGGCCAGCACAAACAUCGCUGAGACGGAAAAGAGGCGGAAAAGUAGAAAGAUGGAAAAAAUUAGCAAAGUGUCGGGAAUGUCAGAAGAGAAAGAGAAGAGAAUGAAGCGGGGUCUCCAGCAAGAAGAACCAGACCAGAUGUUGAGCAUCAACAGUGAGCUGUGUGACAAAGAAGUGUCAGAAAGCGAGGAGAGUGUUUACUCAGGACUCGAGGAUUCAGGAAGCGAUAGUGAUGAGGAUGAUGGAGUAGACAACCAUGAUGAUGAAAAUAGUGACGAGGAUGAUGGAGUAGACAACCAUGAUGAUGAAAAUAGUGAUGAGGAUGAUGGAGUAGACAACCAUGAUGAUGAAGCACAACAAGAAGGACUACACAACCAUGAUGAUGAAGCACAACAGGACAACAACCUGAAUGCCGGGAAGAAAGAAGAGUAUGAGCAUGACUCAUCAGACGAAGAAGACAUCAGGAACACGGUGGGGAACAUACCGAUGGAAUGGUACAAGGACUUCCCUCACGUUGGCUACAACCUGGACGGGAAGAAGAUCUACAAGCCCAUCAGAAACAAGGACGAGCUGGACGAGUUCUUGGAAAAGAUGGAGAACCCCGACUACUGGAGAACGGUGACGGACAAGCAGACGGCCAGUGACAUGGUCCUGUCCGACGAGCAGGUGGAGCUGGUGAAGCGCCUGCAGAAAGGACAGUUUGGAGAUGUCAACUUCCAGGAGUACCAGCCUUCGGUGGACUUCUUCAGUGGAGACGUGAUGCUGCACCCUGUCACCAACCGACCAGCUGACAAGCGCAGCUUCAUCCCGUCCCUCAUCGAGAAGGAGAAGGUCUCCAAACUAGUCCACGCCAUAAAGAUGGGCUGGAUCAAGCCUCGCCGAGCGCGGGAUGACAGCAAGGGGCGCUACUAUGACCUGUGGGGCAGCGAGGACUCCUCUCUCCUGGCCAAGCACAAAAUGCACCUGCCUGCUCCUAAGACCCUCCUCCCUGGUCACCAGGAGUCCUACAACCCCCCACCAGAGUACCUCUUCACCCAGGAGGAGCAAGCUCUGUGGGAGCAGCAGGAUCCUUCGGACAGGAAGUUGCCCUUUGUCCCCAGGAAGUUCUCCAGCCUGCGGCAGGUUCCCGCCUUUCCUCGUUUCAUCCAUGAGAGAUUCGAGCGUUGCCUCGACCUUUACCUGUGCCCUCGCCAGAGAAAGAUGAGGGUUAAUGUGGAUCCUGAAGAUCUGAUUCCAAAGCUUCCUAAACCUAAAGACCUGCAGCCUUUCCCCACAACACAGUCACUGGUUUAUAAGGGUCACAGCAGUUUGGUGCGGUCCAUCAGUGUUUCUCCUACAGGACAGUGGCUUGCUUCAGGAAGUGACGACUGCUGCGUCAGGCUGUGGGAGGUGUGUUCCUCUCGCUGUGUCAAGGUGGUCCAGGUGGGCGGAGCCGUGAAGAGCGUGUGCUGGAAUCCCAACCCCUCCGUCUGUCUCCUCGCCGUGGCCCUGGAGUCGCUGGUGUUGAUCCUGUCGCCCUCCUUGGCGGACAGAGAGGUGGCCUUGAGCUCAGAACGCCUCCUCGCUGCUCCGCAGGAGGCGGAGCCUGCAGAGGCGGUGGGGCCGCUGACCUGGGUGGAAUGUGAGCGUGAGGAGCAGAAGCAAAGCAUCCGGCUGAAGAUCCAACAUCCCAAACCCGUGCGACAGGUGGUGUGGCACGCCAAGGGAGACUACCUGGCCUCGCUGAUGCCCGACCACUCCAGCCAUCAGCAGGUCUUCAUCCACCAGCUGAGCAGGAGGCGGAGCCAGAACCCUUUCAGGCGCAACAAGGGUCUGGUUCAGAGCGUGUGUUUCCACCCCAUCCGGCCUUACUUCUUUGUGGCCACCCAGCGCUCCAUCAGGAUCUACAACCUGGUCAAGCAGGAGAUGACCAAGAAACUGCAGGCCAACUCCAAGUGGAUCUCCAGCAUGGCUGUCCACCCUGGAGGUGAUCAUGUGAUCAGUGGAAGCUAUGACUGCCGACUCAGCUGGUUUGACCUUGACCUCUCAACCAAACCAUACAAGAUGUUAAGACACCAUAAGAAGGCAGUGAGGGGCGUGGCCUAUCACAGACUUUACCCGCUGUUUGCUUCAGCGUCUGAUGAUGGCUCAGUCAUAGUCUGCCAUAGCACCGUAUACAAUGACCUGCUGCAGAAUCCACUCAUUGUUCCAGUGAAGGUGCUCAGAGGUCAUGUGACCACUCAUGACCUCGGUGUCCUGGAUGUGACUUUUCACCCCACACAGCCUUGGGUCUUCUCAUCUGGUGCUGACUCUACCAUCAGACUUUUUACCUAGACUACCAUCAGACUUGUCACCUAGACUACCAUCAGACUUGUCACCUAGACUACCAUCAGACUUGUCACCUAGAUUACCAUCAGACUUUUUACCUAGACUACCAUCAGACUUGUCAACUAGACUACCAUCAGACUUGUCACCUAGACUACCAACAGACUUGUCACCUAGACUACCAUCAGACUUGUCACCUAGACUACCAACAGACUUGUCACCUAGACUACCAUCAGAUUUGUCACCUAGACUACCAACAGACUUUUUACCUAGACUACCAUCAGACUUGUCAACUAGACUACCAUCAGACUUGUCACCUAGACUACCAUCAGACUUUUUACCUAGACUACCAUCAGACUUGUCAACUAGACUACCAUCAGACUUGUCACCUAGACUACCAACAGACUUGUCACCUAGACUACCAUCAGACUUGUCACCUAGACUACCAACAGACUUGUCACCUAGACUGCCAUCAGACUUGUCACCUAGACUACCAUCAGACUUGUCACCUAGACUACCAACAGACUUGUCACCUAGACUACCAUCAGACUUGUCACCUAGACUACCAUCAGACUUGUCACCUAGACUACCAACAGACUUGUCACCUAGACUACCAACAGACUUGUCACCUAGACUACCAUCAGACUUGUCACCUAGACUACCACCAGACUUGUCACCUAGACUACCAUCAGACUUGUCACCUAGACUACCAACAGACUUGUCACCUAGACUACCAUCAGACUUGUCACCUAGACUACCAUCAGACUUGUCACCUAGACUACCAACAGACUUGUCACCUAGACUACCAACAGACUUGUCACCUAGACUACCAUCAGACUUGUCACCUAGACUACCAUCAGACUUGUCACCUAGACUACCAUCAGACUUGUCACCUAGACUACCAUCAGACUUGUCACCUAGACUACCAUCAGACUUGUCACCUAGACUACCAACAGACUUGUCACCUAGACUACCAUCAGACUUGUCACCUAGACUACCAUCAGACUUGUCACCUAGACUACCAUCAGACUUGUCACCUAGACUACCAACAGACUUGUCACCUAGACUACCAUCAGACUUGUCACCUAGACUACCAACAGACUUGUCACCUAGACUACCAACAGACUUGUCACCUAGACUACCAUCAGACUUGUCACCUAGACUACCAUCAGACUUUUUACCUAGACUACCAUCAGACUUUUUACCUAGACUACCAUCAGACUUGUCAACUAGACUACCAUCAGACUUGUCACCUAGACUACCAACAGACUUGUCACCUAGACUACCAUCAGACUUGUCACCUAGACUACCAUCAGACUUUUUACCUAGACUACCAUCAGACUUGUCAACUAGACUACCAUCAGACUUGUCACCUAGACUACCAUCAGACUUGUCACCUAGACUACCAACAGACUUGUCACCUAGACUACCAUCAGACUUGUCACCUAGACUACCAUCAGACUUGUCACCUAGACUACCAUCAGACUUGUCACCUAGACUACCAACAGACUUGUCACCUAGACUACCAUCAGACUUGUCACCUAGACUACCAUCAGACUUUUUACUUAGCAGGAUUCUUCUAAUAAAUGUUUUUUUCUUUUUAAAUGAAAA